AUGGCUGAAGAUAAACGGUUCCGAGUAGGGUACGCGUUGUUGCCGAAGAAGCAAAACAGCUUCAUCAGAGACUCCUUCGUGAAUCUAGCAAGGUCCCGCGGGAUAGACCUGGUCAGGAUCGAACCGAACCGGAACCUAAUGGAACAAGGUCCGUUCGAUUGCGUCCUCCACAAGCUCUCCGGGGAUGAUUGGAGGAAUCAGCUGAGUGAGUUCACCAAAAAUUAUCCCAAUGCCGUCAUUCUUGACUCGCCUGAAUUCAUUGAGAGGCUCCACAACCGGAUUUCGAUGCUGCAAGCCGUGCCGGAGUUGAAAAUCGAUGACCGGGUCGAGACCGUUGGGAUUCCGAACCAGAUUGUGAUAUACGACAAGGAGACGCUGUUCGAGGGGCAGAUCUGCAAGGCUCUUAAGUCUCCGGUGAUCGCGAAGCCUCUGGUGGCUGACGGCAGUGCCAAGUCGCACAAAAUGGCGCUAGUUUACAACCACCAGGGUUUGAAUUCUCUGAAGCCGCCGCUGGUGGUGCAGGAGUUCGUGAACCACGGCGGCGUGAUCUUCAAGGUGUACGUGGUCGGGGAGCGCGUGACAUGUGUGAAGCGAAAGUCGCUACCGGACGUCGGAGAGGAGGAGUUGAUGAGGGUUUCGCAGGAUUUGUGGGCGUUUUCGCAAGUUUCGAAUCUGGGGAGCAACGAGAGAACAGACGAAAAGUAUUAUAAGAAGAUGCAUUUGGAUGAUGCUGAGAUGCCUCCCCCGGAUUUCCUCACUGAGAUAGCUGGGGAGUUGAGGCGUGUGAUGAAGCUGAGCCUGUUUAAUUUCGAUGUCAUUAGGGAUUCUGAACGCAAGAAUCUUUAUCUUAUUGUUGAUAUCAAUUACUUUCCUGGAUAUGCGAAAAUGCCUGGUUAUGAGACUGUGUGGACAGACUUUCUGUGUGAUGUGUUGUGCAAGAAACAGCAAGGUUCUAAGGAGUGUUCCCAGAAUGGUGGUUUCCACGGUUGUGACAAAGACGCGAGGAAGAUUGCGCGCAAUGCUUAUUGUGGUGAUGCAGACAACGGUGGCAUUCAAAUUUAA